CGAUACCUCCAAAGGGCUGUUUAAUCCACCCUCACCACUACGAAAUAAGCACUAGUAAAAUGUGGGUGAACUCUGCGAAACAAUUGAGGCAUUUUCGUUAUACCAGUUUUCGAACAUGUUCUCAAAAUCAACCAUCUAUUCCCUUAAUAAAGACAAACGAAAUUCCUGGACCCAACACAAAAGAGAAGAUUUGUCAGUUGCAACAGACCCAGCAAGCCGGUUCUGUGCAAUUAUUCGUUGACUAUAAAAAUUCUAGUGGAAAUUAUUUGGCAGAUGUUGAUGGGAAUCUGUUCCUAGAUGUUUACACCCAAAUAUCAUCAGUUCCUCUGGGUUACAACCAUCCUGAACUGUUAAAAGUAUUUCAAAAUGAAGACAACAUUAAAACUUUGAUCAACCGUCCGGCUUUAGGAGUUUUCCCUGGACAUGACUGGCCUGAAAAAUUAGAAAAUAUUAUCAAAUCAGUUUCUCCCUCACCACAACUAAACAAUUUGACAACAAUGAUGUGUGGGGCUUGCAGUAAUGAAAGCGCCUUCAAAAACGUUUUCAUAGCUUACCAAAACCGUCUUCGAAACGGCAGAGACUUCACACAACAAGAAAUUGAUUCCUGUAUGGUGAAUGCCCUACCAGGUUCUCCAAAGCUAACAAUCCUUUCGUUCUAUGGCGCGUUCCAUGGUAGAACUUUAGGAACCUUGACAACUACGCAUUCGAAAGCAAUUCACAAACUAGAUAUGCCGGCUUUUGACUGGCCCAUGGCAAAGUUUCCGGAGUACAAAUACCCAUUAGAUGAGCACGAAAGGGAUAACAAUGAGGAAGAUGGAAAAUGUUUAGCUGAAGUGGAGGAACUCUUCCACAAAUACCAAGAAAAAGGUACGCCAGUUGCAGGAGUAAUUGUGGAACCGAUACAAUCGGAAGGGGGGGACAACGAAGCUUCACCAGAAUUCUUUCAAAAAUUACAACAGAUCUGCAAGAAAAACUCGGCAUAUUUAAUAAUGGACGAAGUGCAAACUGGUGGCGGACCGACCGGCAAGUUUUGGUGUCACGAACAUUUCAAUUUAGAAACUCCUCCCGAUGUUGUGACUUUCAGCAAAAAAAUGCAACUUGGAGGAUACUUUCACUCCGAUGAACUGAAACCCGCGCUACCUUUCAGAGUUUUCAACACUUGGAUGGGAGAUCCGAGUAAAAUGCUGAUUCUGGAAGCAAUUUUGAACGUGAUAAAGAAGGAAAAUUUGUUAGAAAAUGUUGAGAAAACUGGACAAUACCUAAAGUGUGGACUUUUGGAUAUCGAGAAAGAGUUCUACGACAUAUUGGACUCCACCAGAGGAAGAGGAACAUUUUUGGCAAUAAACGCUAGUGACGGCAAACUCAGGGAUCAAAUCUUGAACAAUUUGAAACGAAAAGGGGUGCAAGGUGGAGGUUGCGGCUUAAGGUCAAUUCGUUUAAGGCCAGCAUUAAUUUUUAAAAAGAAUCACGCAGAUAUAUUUUUGGACAAAUUCAGGGACACUGUGAGGGAAUUAAAGAAUAAUUCCAAGAAGUAAUUCUAUUUUCAGAACUGCUUCCGGUUUUCCCCUUUAAGUACAAAAAAGAGGUUUUCCUUAGUAAAGAAGUCUUCCAUUUUUUAUAGUUAUAUUAAUAUAUGUAUAUUGAUUGAUGUUAAUGUACGCUACUUUUAUUACUGAUAAAAUAUAUGUUGGGACACUUGGUGAAUUGCAAUUAUUGCAAUGUUUACAAAACAUAUCCUUGCUUUAUUUGAACUUGAUAAUAAAUGUUUAAUGUUAAUUAUUGAUUGGAAUAAAUGUAUUAUAUGAC